CCUGCCCACUCCACACCAACAAUUCCAUCCCUUCCUUUUCACAACUUUUUCUUUGUUUCCUCACAAGCACAUGCACAUUCCCCAACCAAUUCUCUCUCUCUCUCUCUCUCUCUCUCUGUUUUUUUUAAAAAAGAAAUCCCAUUUUUAUUUCUUAUUUAUUUCACCAUUAAAAAAAAAUACUCUCCAACUUUCUUGUGUUUCUAAACUCUCAAACACUCACUCACUCACUCACUCACUCCCAUUUCUUCUCUUUCAUUUGUCAGUUCCUUUCACUUUCUUCAAACCAAAAUCUCUUAAACUUUUCUUCUUCUUCUUCUUGUUUCUCCGUUUCCAAUGAUUGGUAAUUUCAAUCCUCUCAAGGAAUCUACUCUCCAUUUGCUCUCAUCCCUUCCCACUUCUCUUCUUUCUCUUCUCCUUCUCUUCCUUUUGGCUUACAACGGCCUUCAUGUUUUCUCUAUUUCCCCACCCUCACCGGAGAAGACAAUUUCUCAUCCCGCUCCUUUCUCGCCCCAAAAACGACCCACUGCCGAUUCCACUUCAACCCAUCUUCUGUUUUCCAUCCAUGAAAACCAUCCACCGCCGGUCUUAAAAUCAAAUUCCUCUGUUUUUCAUCAUCCCCACCUCAAAUCCCGCCCCGCGAAGAGAGUCGGGAAGCAUAAGCGCCGCCUGCGAAGUCUCCGGUCGGAAUUGAAAGAAAACGAAUUUUCAGCAAGGAUUGAAGAGUUUUUCGCGGCGAAUUCAUGUAAGCUUAGAUUCUUCAUGACUUGGAUUUCGUCGUUGGAUUCGUUUAGUGACAGAGAAUUAUGGGCUAUACAGAGUAUAUUCAAAGUUCAUGAAAAUGGAAAUCCCUGUUUGAUUAUCGUCUCAAAUUCCCUCGACUCAACAAAAGGGAAGCAAGUUCUUAGCCCAUUUUCGGAAAUGGGAUUCUCCUUACUGGCAAUUUCGCCGGAUUUCGAUUCGAUUUUCAAAAACACGGAUGCAGAGUCAUGGUUCAAUCAACUCCGGCAAGGAAUCAUAAAACCUGGCGAAAUUUCUUUGGGUCAAAACCUCUCAAACUUACUCAGAUUAACUCUAUUAUACAAAUUCGGCGGCAUUUACAUCGACGCCGACGUGAUAAUCCUAAAGAGCUUCACAAAUCUCCGAAACGUAAUUGGGGCUCAAACCAUGGAUUUGAAAACAGGGAAUUGGAGCAGAUUGAACAACGCAGUGAUGAUAUUCGACAAGAAUCACCCACUUCUUCUUCAAUUCAUCAAAGAAUUCGCCACAACAUUCGACGGAAACAAAUGGGGACACAAUGGACCGUAUUUAGUAUCGAGAGUAAUUUCAAGAUUGAAUCAAAAUCCUGGGUUUAAUCUGACUAUUCUUCCUCCAUCGGCGUUUUACCCUGUUGUUUGGAACAAAAUCAAAACUCUUUUUCAAGGUCCAAAAGAUGCAGUUCAUUUGAAAUGGGUAAUUGCAAAAUUGAGACAAAUUCAAUCCAAGAGUUUGGCUCUACAUCUAUGGAACAGCCAUAGCCGAAAGCUUGAAGUUGAAAAGGGGAGCAUUGUUGAUAUUAUAAUAAAGAUGAAAUCAUGAAAUUAUACCAUAGAAUUCAAAACUUCUUAAGUUUAAUUUUCUGGAAUUUGGUCUUUUUUUGAUUUUAGACAACAAAUUUUAAUAUCAAUUUCAAAGUGGAAUUAAAAAUUGAAAGCGAAUUCUCAUCGGCCAAUCAAUGGAAGCCACCUACUAC